UUUCCUGUUUCUAGCAACUUCGCAAUUACAGGAGAAAGGCAAAAGAGCCCAAAGUGGACCUGGCUGAGUUUAUGAAGUAUCUAGCUGACCAUUAUAACUGUGAGUCUCCUUACGAGCUGGGUAUCAGGAUACACAGUCUCGGGCUGCCCAUCGCGACAUUAAACAAAGUGAGUCGUCUUGAGCACAGCGAAAUGAACGAGAUGAAAGAAGCUAUUCGGAAAGAGCUGGAAGAGGAGACCCGGGAGCAUCUGAUAAAACUCAAGAAGAGUGUCCUUGAGCCAGUAAAAGCCACAAGCUCUGUCUUUGCUGGGAACUUGGAACUCAGAAGAAAAUAUGCCUCCUUGACAGCAGCAGAAGUGGUGCUGGCAGUCUUCACAAAUGCAGAAAAGGUGUUGAGUUCUGGAUUGCAUAAGGCAUUGGCUAGUUUGCAUUCUUGUCCUCUGUUAGAGGAUUUAAAUGAAUGGAGUCAAUGGGAGCUUAUAUUCAAACCUUUCCAUGGCUCCCUCAAAGAUUUUAUUGAAAGAAAUGCAGCAAAUACAGGCUUGGCAGCGUUGGAGGUGGCGCCAAGUUUGUUGCUCAGAAUCACUUCCGACACAGGAGACACGUAUUUCUCCAACGCCGCCUUGACCCUUGACCCCGUGGGGACAGCUGGUCACCUCGUGUCCAUUGUUGUAGCCGAUGGGAUCACAAAUGCUCCCACGGCCCUCCUGGCGAAUCAUAUGCAGAGUUCCCUGGCGGCGGCUGUGGCUGAAGAAGAUCUGUCUCGAGCUGAAGAGGACAUGUCAUGUUACACUACAGUGGCAAAUUUCCUUUUGGAGUGUUUGGUUCGAAUUCCGAAUAGAAUCUGUCAGGCUCUUUUGCAGCAGGUGUUUUUAGAGCCUUUGUCCAGAGUCUUGGGUCAAACAAAGUCAAAACUGGUCCUAAUCACUGUGGCCCAGUCAAACCCGAGGCACAUAAACUGUUUGCAUCGACUUGGAAUCCUUAUGGGCAUCACAGAGUGGUUGAAGGACUACCAAAAAAAGCUGACAACAUCGCAGAUCCCAAAUGGCGCCUCAUACUCAGGACCUUUACAUCAGCCGAAAGUCCAAACACAGUCUAAUGUGGUGGAUUCUGAGAGCAGCAGUCUGUCAGGCGAGAACAUGAGUGACGAUGAGGGUGUAGCAGACAACAACGCAACAGACAGCGGUUUAUCCUCCAGUCCUCUCAACCACGGCCUUCAACAAGGAGAAGAUCUAGCGGAGGAAGAAUCGGCCGAAGAAGAACUGUUUGUUGAGAUGUCGGACAACUGCAGCGAAGCCCAAGCCGUGUGCAGCAAUCCGUCAGAACUUCUGGAUUUGAAUGAGGACGAGCUGGCCACUUCUCAACCUGAGCCCACUUUAGAUGUUCACAGAGCAAUAAUUGAGGAAAUAAGAAAAAAAGAGUUUGGUAUUGGUGUGGAACUGACAUCUGAAGGUCAAAACCUGAUCCAGGCCCACCAGUACCGGCUUGGCAGAAGUUUGGAUCGCCUCUCGACCGAGCUCUACAGCAAAGACACACAUUUUGUUUUGGAACUCAUUCAGAAUGCAGAUGACAACAAUUACCCAUCAGGUUCUGAUGUUGUUCCAGCACUGGCUUUUGUGGUUGAGAGGGACUGCAUCACCAUUCUCAACAAUGAGACUGGCUUCCAGGAGGCAAACAUAAAGGCUAUAUGUGAUGUGGGUCAAAGUACCAAGGGCAAACACAAAUAUGGAUAUAUCGGACAAAAGGGCAUUGGCUUUAAGUCAGUAUUCAAGGUCACAGACCGUCCAGAGAUUCACUCCAAUGGCUUCCAUUUGUUUUUCGACAAGACCUGCGGCCCCAUGGGAUAUAUACUCCCCCACUGGAUGGAUGAUGAGAGGCCCUUGAACCCACAGUUAAAUGACUCCUUUCUUCACAGCAGCUGGACAACUAAGAUCUGCCUUCCUCUGCGCUCCGAGAGCCAUCAGACCCGAAACCUGUUCCAUGACGUGCACCCUUCCCUGCUGCUGUUUCUGCACCGGCUACGUUCGAUCACCAUCUACAAUCAGGCUGAGAGCCGCCUUGUAACGAUGACACGUAAAGACCUGAGUCAUAAUGUGCUUGAGGUAGAGCACACAGAUGGUACUGAACGCUGGCUAGUCGUCAAAUCUACACUGCGGCCCAAGAUGCUCAAAGAGAAUGUUGAAUCGACUGAGCUUGCGCUCGCCUUCCAACUCAACUGUGACAACUCGGGAAGUGACUAUAUAGGCCAACCGCCGAAACAGCCCGUCUUCGCCUACCUGCCUCUUCGCAGCUUUGGCUUCCGAUUCAUCGUACAAGGUGACUUUGACAUCCCUUCUUCUCGAGAGGACGUUGACAGAGACAGCUCAUGGAAUCAAUGGCUCCGAUCGGAGAUACCACAACUCUUCCUUCAGGCCAUGAAAGUCUUCAACGAUCACCCAGAGUUCACAGGCCUUAGGGGGCUCUGCCAGUUCCUGCAGUUUAUCCCCCUGCCUGACGAAGUGAUGGACUUCUUUAAGCCCGUUGCCGGUCAGAUUAUCCAGUUGCUCAAGGGCAAGGCCUUCCUGCCUACACUCAGCUCAGGCGGUCAGGUUGUGUACAAGCUACCAUCCCAAGUGGCGGUCUGUAAGGAUGCCGUGAUUCGCAAGGUUAUCAGCCAAGAGGAGCUGGAAAAGCAUCUGUUGCUGUCAUAUCUCCACCCCGGUCUAAGCCCCGCCCCUCCUGCCUCUCUCCUAUCCCACCUGGGUGUUCGGCACCUCAGGGGCUCCGCAGUUCUGUACUGA